AUGUGCGACCCUGCGCGCAGGGGGUCCAAGGGCCUCUCCGUGCCGAAGUGGUUGAAGGACCUGCGCCAGGCGCAGGACGCCCUCGGAGAGGCCCCGUGCUCGGCAGCGCCCUCGGGCUCAGGUCGGAGCACCGCGCAGAUCGGGUACGACCCGACCUCGACGCCGCCCGUGGCAUGGAGGCUGCAGGGCUCGAGCACGGUGCCCGAGACGACGACCGACAUCUUCCACGAGAACAUCGACGAGGCCAAAGACCACGAGAUGAUGUCGGCUCGGUUCCACGACGGCACCGUGCACCAGCUGGCCACAUACACGGUGGCCCAGCACAAGGCCGCGCAGUCAGGAGUUGACAAGAUGAAGACGACGAAGUUCAAAGGAUGGCGACAACAGACUGCAGGUGGCGCCGAGGUCAAGGUCGUCGAGAAGUCGCUGUACAAAGUCGGCGACUACAUCACCAAGGGCAUGAUCAUGACGGUGGACGGGUCCCAGAAGUGCCAGCUGGCGUACUGCCACUACGACAGGGAGUUCGCCAAGACGUGGCUCGAGAAGAUGGCCGCCAAGUUCGUGAAGGGGAAGAAGACGAUCGAGCAGAUCAUCGCGCACGCAGGCCGCGAUGAAGCGGCCCGCAGGAUGGUUGACAAGCAGGGGCUCACGGAGCGAGCUCUAGCGGCGAUCGACGAGCUGGCCGCCACUGACGACGAGGGCGCCGAAUCCGAGAUCAGCGGCACAGCGCAGCAUGACGAUGGGCACGUUGGCUUCAUCGACCUCGAGCAGCUGCACCUCACGCCCGACGAGUGGAACGCCAUGACUGAGGAUCAGAAGCUGCGGGCGUGCGGACAGCUCAAGGCGCAGAGCACCUUGGCGGAGGACACCCAGGCGUUGCUCGACCAGCACAAGGAGGUCAUCGCCGACCAGCACCGGGCGUGGGCCGCGCACGAGCUACGUCGGCGGCAAGUUGAUGGGCCAAUUCCAGUCGAGGACAGCCCUGAUGCAGCCGAUCGGCUCGCCCAGAGUGCUGCGCCGCCUCCUGGCUCCAUGUCCGCGAUCGCGGCGGUCGUCAGGCCCUCUGCGAUCUACGACGGGGGCGGCUACUCGAUGGCGCACGAGCUCGAGGUCGACAGGCUGCGCUUGGAGGAUGCGGGCGGUGCGCCAGGCCAGACGGCGGCGCGAUCCUGCGCGUCCGAGCCGCCUGCAGAGCAGCAGAGCCAGGUCUUGGCUGGCGAGCCCGAGGCGGCGGUCGAGCCUGAGGCGGCUGGCGAGCCAGAGGAGAAAGCAGAGACGAGGUCAGAGAAGCUCGAGUGCGCGCCGCCCAAGACUGCUCGCGCCGCUGCUGAGCAACACCUGAAGCGGCUGGUGCAGAUGCGGGGGGAUGGCAGCGGCCAUCAUCCAUGCCACCCUCCCGUCGCUGGCCUCUCCAAGGGCGGCGAACCCAGCCUGGAGUCGGUCGCGGGCAAGCGCGGCGCCAGGGGCGAGGUCGAGGCCAUCAAGGCGGUGGAGGAGAACAACUGCAAGUUCACGAAGAGGUCGGCUCUCGGCCUGAGGUGGGACAGGAAGAUGAAGGACGCCAAGUUCAAGGCCCAGUUCGAGGCGGCCCCCGACGCAGCCAAGUUCAAGGCCGACUGGGUGAAGGAGAUCUACGACGGGGCCGUCAGGAAGCACAGGACCCACACCAAGGAGGUCUCGGAGACGUGGAUGAAUCAAGGGAAGCUCCUCACCUUCCUGAGGAUGUGCUGGGAGGAGGGGGGCCCUACUGGGCACAAGGACCGCCAGAUCGUGAAGGACAUCAUGACGACCUGCGGCAAAUGCAUCGACCUUGGUUGGCCGUUUUGCCAGGUCGAUCCGUGGUCGGGGGCCCAGAAGUACUUGUACUUCGAGCUGCAGUAUAGGGAGGAGUUCAUGGAGAAGUGGAGCGAGACUACAUGCCAGGAGCACGAGAAUAAUGCCGUCGCGGACAGUCAGCCCACCGAGAAGCCCAAGCCGACCCCCAAGAAGAAGGCGCCCGACGAGAGCGCGGCGGCCCUGAGGGACAGCAAGAAGUUGGUCGUCAUGGCGCAGUCGGCGCUGGCAGCUGCGCGAUCCCUCAGGCGGGCGAUCGAGACCUCUGGCGGCUGGGAGUGGGCCAUGACCGACGCAGUCCAGGGGAAGCUGAAGACCAUGAGCGGCAAGCUCGAGAAGGAGAUCAAGGCGGUGGAGAUGGGCCAGAUGUUCAUGAACGGGUUCGACGCGAAGCAGGUGAAGGCCAAGCUGGACUCGAAGACCAUCGCGUCCCAGGCGAGGAUGCUCAAGGACCUGGAGGAGACGAUCGAUAUCCGCAAGAAAGACCCCGACACCUGCCAGGUGGUCAUCAACGGCGACGCCGCCUCUAUCGAGAGGGCGUCGGUCGCGGUCAAGGCCGUUGCCGACGGGAUUGCGGGACACGUGUCGCCGUCGUUUCAGCACGUCUCGCUACCGUUUACCCUCACAAGGAACCAGCUGGGCCUCACUAUUGGCAGGCAGGGUGCGCGGAUUCAGAGCAUCAAGGCCGUGUGUGCAGUGAGGAUCGAUUGCGACCAUGGAACUUGCGAGGGUCGGCGGAUUUCGGGGCCGCCUGAGAAUGUGACGCGCGCUAAGGAGAUUAUCGACCGCAUCGUCGAGACAGAGCACAACGACUACCCCGAGGGGCAAAACGAGGUCAUCAACCGCAUGAUAGAGGAAACCGAGCGCCCAAGACGUCCUCGGGAGGCGGAGCGGGCCGCGGACGCUGGCGCCGAGCGCCCGAGACGCCUUCGCGAGGCGGAGCGGGCUGCGGACGCGGGCGCCGAGCGUCCCAGACGUCCAUGCGAGACGGAACCCGCCGUGGACGCGGGCGCGGACGCGGACGAGGCGGUCGUCGAGUUGGACCGGAAGGGUGCCGCCAGAUAUCUCAUCGACAGGCAGGGGGACAUGGCGAGGCGCAUCAGCCAGGAGAGCCGCGCGAGGGUUCGCGUGGAGAACUCGCGGGGCUCCUCCGAGGGCCCGCCCUGUGUCAGAAUCACGGGCACAUUCGAGGCCGUGGACCGCGCGAGGGGCAUGGUCCUCGACGUGCUACAGGCAUCCGCGCCCGCGCUCCGCGCGGCGGCACGGCCCGGCGGAGUCGACGGCACGGGCGCGGCGGAGUGGCCCGAGUGGACGGACGCGCGGGGGGUGCGCCGUUUGUCCGCUUGCAGUGGCCACUGA